GUCUGUUUAAACAGAAUGUGGUUCACUGCAGUGGGGUAUUGAACAUGUUUAGGUGUGUUGAGUGAGAUCUAGUUUGGCUUGUUUUCAUAUUUGUUGUCAACAUGCUUUGUCUUUCUCACUGAAGCUGCAUGCUGCAUUUACAGUGCUUUAUAUUGUGUUCAUAUAUUUUAUCAAUUCUCCUGGUGCUACACACCACAGUGCACCAGUUUCCAACUGAUGAUCGAUAGCAUAAAGGCUACAGAUCUACCUAAAAGUUCAUCUAACAUAUAGUGAAUGCAUUCAUGUAGGAAAUGCAUGAACUGAAAAUAAGUUGCAUUUCUUUUGAGAAUUUCUAUGACAGACUUUACAACUCAAAAUUGUGAGUUUAUAUGAUUCUGUGGCUUACGUUGACUGCUACUGUGGAACUGUCAUUUUCUUCCACCAGAAAACACGGCCAACACCCAAAUGGUUUGUUGUUUAUUACUGUUUCCUUCCACCUCUGUGAAGUGACACCUCAAUGCAUGCAAGAAGAGCAUGUGCAUGUGCAAUGGAUGGGUGCUGGUCAAAUGUUAUUGGUUUGAGGAAUCACAUGCAACACUAUAUUGCAGUUUAACACUGUCCUGUUAGUUCACAAGCUGUCUGUCACAUACGUGUUCACAUAUUUAAAGUGCUAUCAUCUGAAAAUGGUUCACAUGUUUGUUUUGUUCUGCUUUUGCCAUCUAGUUGGUGUAUUUGGUGAUAAAGAUGAAGUGACAUCAGUGUCGGUGAUGGAGGGAGAUUCAGUCACUCUAAACAUUAAUGUUACUGAAAUAAUGGAUGAUCAUCUGAUUCUGUGGAGGUUUGGACCUAAAAACACUUUAAUAGUUAAAAUCAAUGUAAUGGCCAACAGCGUUACUAUAUAUAAUGAUGAUGCUGAUGGGAGAUUCAGAGGCAGACUGAAGGUGAAUCAUCAAACUGGAUCUCUGACCAUCACAAACAUCACAAAUAAACAUGCUGGACUCUAUAAACUACAGUCCAACAGUGUGAGCAAGAGCUUCAGUCUUGAUGUGUAUGCUCGUCUGCCUGUCCUUGCCAUCAGCAGUAACUCUCCAUCUUCAUCAUCUUCAUCAUCAUCAGAAUGUGAACAGCUCAACUUCACUGAACUCUGUCAGGCAUAUGCAGCCCCAGAAGUCCGUGUCCAUUGUUGUGCUACUGUUGAAGCUGUGAUCCGAUUGGUCGUCACUGCUCUGAUGGGUGUGGCUUCUGCGGCUGCUGUUGUUGUUUUGGUUAAUGACAUCAGAUCUUACAAGAACUGUUAAAGUUGAAAAACAAUUAAAAAAACAGAACAGAACAGAAAUCAUAAAUAUUAUAUGUCUUACUUUAAAUAGUUAUAAUCUGCUAAAAUAAAAAUACUUGAGCGCACCUACCAGUGCUUUCCUCUGAACUGUAUCGAAGGUUUCCAGUACAGUUGUGGCCAUCAGGUGAAUAUUCUUCAAUAUUUCAUUUGAAUCUGUAUUGUCAUUCAUUUCGUAUGUUGUCAAUUACACAGUUUUUUUCCCCUUAAGUUAUAUUGAUGGUUUUUCACUUUGUUUUACAGUUUUUCUUGAUUGUUAACACAUAAUUCAUCAUUUUCUCUAUACACAAACCUGUGUUUGUGUAUAGAAAAAAAAUUAUCUAUGCACAAACCUCAAAUUUUAUGUCAAUUUCAAAUAUUUCAGUCAAAAACAAAUGAUCUUCCGUCAAGAUCAGUUGAGAAUCAGAAAUCAUGUUUUACAGUACACAACAUAGAUGGAAGGGUGGAUAAAUAAAAUGAGAUUUAAGAAA